AUGCUCGUCUUCCAGAAUCUCCUGGUGGCCCUGCGUGGUAUUCAUGUUCUAUGGAUCCUUGCCUUAGUCACCGCGCCGAUCUCCUGGGCAGCACCGUCCCAGUCCCUAUCUCCCCGCCACUCUUCCAUGCUGUCGAGAGACCACCUCGACAGUCACACUGACGCCGGCGUUCCUGGCGAUGGCGACGACGAUGACGACAAUGAUGGGGAUGAUUCCGAUAGCCCACAGCCACCAGACUACACCCGUCUCGACCCUCGAGCCUGGAACGAAUUGCCAUCCUCCAACCCCAAAGACUACACGCAGGGAUCCAAAAAGACGGUUUAUACCAGCGCGACCACGAAGGCGUACCAAUGGGACGUCUGCGAGGGCCAAAAAUCGGUGGAGUUCUCUCAAAGGAGCCCCCUCUUGGACGACGACUGGAGCAUCCUCUACAAGGGAACCAUGUACGACGGCAAGUACAGCAAUAGGAAGAAAGUGAACAGUCGGCCAGCCACGAUCAAGCAAAGCACCACGUUCAAUAUCCAAGAUUUCAAGCCCGUUAGAAUUCUUCAGGGCGCUGUUUACCAGCAGUCUCUCUCGAACACGGACGCGGUCGUGCGCGUGAUCGAUUCCUUUUGGGCCAGCAAUCUUGCGUUUGUGGUCUUCGAGAACAUCAAUACGUGGAAAACACUGCAUGAUGCUCAGCAACGCACUAUCAAGCUGAAGCUGCAACAGUUCAAGUCCUUGAUCAAAGCUGUGGAAACCAUGCAUAAUCAAGGGAUUGCCAAUCGGAACCUCAAGCCGCGCAAUCUGGUGCUCGAGGACGAGGGCAGCGAUACCGUCAAGAUCAUGAACUUUGACCAGGCUACUAUUGAGCCCAAAAUAGUCGAUGAGUGGAAGGGCGCCGAAGAUAGGGAAAAGCCCUUUUCCGCACCAGAAAUCGACCAAAACGCCGGGCAAUACUAUACCAAACCAACCGACAUUUGGUCUCUGGCUAUGAUUGGGAUGCGCCACCUUGACUUCAUGGACAGCGAAACGGGGCUCAGAAACCUCGCGAAGAACCUCGGCGACGGCAGCAAAGCCAAAACCCUGACCCAGGGGGAUAUUUACACCCAGCUAGCAAGUGAUGUGAUGCGUGGCAAAAAGCCAGAAGAAAUCUCUCUAUUCUCCAAGGGUCUUUGUUCCCCGAGCAAACGGGCAACUAUCCAGGAGUUCUCCCGGGCAUUUGAUGCAGCGUUCCCGAUGUAG